AUGUUGAAACGUCCCGCUGCCUCGGGCAUGUCUUCAUUCUUGGGUUCUCCCAAGAAGCAAGGUUUAACGAAGCCCAUUGUCAAAGAUUAUAUAUCUCUCAGCGAGGGUGACUUGAUUUCAAAGAAGUAUUUGGAAGUUGUGCAGCUUUUGAUGGAUCUUAGGGGUGCUUAUCAACAGCUGCAAGUUGGAUAUGAGGAAUAA